CUUCUUCUGUCAUCCCUAUCCUCUCCGAAACGCUUUGCUCUGCUAAGCGAUUGCUAGCUCUCUGCCACACUCCUCACCAUGAGCAGACAAGCCUGCAAGCAGUCCUUCAGCUUCGGGAGCCAGGGCUUCUCCGGCCACUCGGCUGUGGUAUCUGGCAGCAGCAGGAGGAGCUGUGUGGCACGCACUCGGGCAGCUGGUGGAGGGGCCUAUGGGUUCCGGAGUGGAGCAGGUAGCUUUGGCAGUCAGAGCCUCUACAGCCUGGGUGGCAGCAGGAGUAUCUCCAUUAGUGUGGCAGGUGGUGGCUUAGGCGGAGGGCAUGGCAGCUGUGGCAGUAGCUUUGGAGGUGGCUAUGGAGGUGGCUUUGGCGGUAGCAGAGGAAUAGGAGGUGGCUUUGGGGGAGCAUCUGGAUUUGGGGGAGCAUCUGGAUUUGGGGGAGCUAGUGGCUUUGGUAGACCUGGUGGCUUUGGCCCUGGUGGCUGUCCUGGGGGGAUCCAGGAAGUGACCAUCAACCAGAGCCUCCUGCAGCCCCUCAAUGUGGAGAUUGACCCCGAGAUUGGGCAAGUAAAGGCCCAGGAGCGUGAACAAAUCAAGACACUCAACAACAAGUUUGCCUCCUUCAUCGACAAGGUGCGCUUCCUGGAGCAGCAGAACAAGGUUCUGGAGACCAAGUGGAACCUCCUGCAGCAGCAGACCACGGGCUCUGGCUCAGGCCCCCAGAGCCUGGAACCUUUCUUUGAAUCCUACAUCAGCUGCUUGCGCAAGCGCUUAGAUUCCCUUCUGGGGGAGAAGGGAAGCCUGGAGGGAGAGCUGAGGAACAUGCAAGACCUGGUGGAAGACUUCAAAAAGAAGUAUGAAGAGGAAGUCAACAGACGUACUGCCGCAGAGAAUGAUUUUGUGGGGGUGAAGAAGGAUGUGGAUGUUGCGUACAUGAACAAGGUGGAGCUGCAGGCUAGAGUGGACAGUCUGACAGAUGAAAUCAACUUUCUGAGGACUCUCUAUGACAUGGAGCUGUCCCAGAUGCAGAGCCACGUCAGUGACACAUCUGUGGUCCUGUCCAUGGACAACAACCGCAGCCUGGACCUGGACAGCAUCAUCGCUGAGGUCAAGGCGCAGUACGAGGAGAUUGCUCAGAGGAGUAAGGCUGAGGCAGAGGCUCUGUACCAGACCAAGCUUGGGGAAUUGCAGACCACAGCCGGCAGGCACGGGGAUGACCUGAAGAGCACCAAGAGUGAGAUCAUGGAUCUCAACAGGAUGAUCCAGAGACUUCGAGCAGAGAUUGAGAACGCCAAGAAGCAGAACGCCAACCUGCAGGCAUCCAUUGCAGAAGCUGAACAGCGUGGCGAGGGGGCCCUCAAGGAUGCUGAUGCCAAACUCCAGGAAUUGCAAGCUGCCCUGCAGAAGGCCAAGGAUGACAUGGCCCGGCUGCUGCGUGACUACCAGGAGCUGAUGAACGUCAAGCUGGCCCUGGACGUGGAGAUUGCCACCUACCGAAAACUGCUAGAGGGCGAGGAGUGCAGGAUGUCUGGAGAAUGUCAGAGUGCAGUGUGCAUUUCGGUAGUUAGCAAUGCUACCAGCACAAGCAGCAGCAGCGGAGGCUUCAGAGGGGCUGGUGGCAACAGCAGCAGUGGCUCCAGAGGUAGUAGCAGCAGCAGCAGCGGAGGCUUCAGAGGGCCUGGUGGCAGCAGCAGCAGCGGCAGCAGCAGAGGAUUCAGAGGGGCCGGUGGCAGCAGCAGCAGCGGAGACUUCAGAGGGGCUGGCGGCAGCAGCAGCAGCGGAGGCUUCAGAGGGGCUGGUGGCAGCAGCAGCAGUGGAGACUUCAGAGGGGCUGGUGGCAGCAGCAGCAGUGGAGGCUUCAGAGGGCCUGGUGGCAGCAGUAGCAGCAGCAGUGGAGACUUCAGAGGAGCCGGUGGCAGCAACUAUGGAGGAGACAGCAGUGUCAGCAACAGCCGCAGCAGGGACAGCACUGGGAGCAGGCUUGGCAGGGAAGACGUCUGUGCAGGCCAGCGAGGAAUGGGCACCCAGGCCUCCGUAGGCGACAGCUACAAGUCUGGCAGAGGAGGCGGCAGCAGUGUUCACUUCUCUCAGACCACCAGUUCCAGCCAGCAGCGCUCCAAGUAAUCCUCAGGAGAAAAACAUUUCCACCCAGCUGUCCCCUGCCUCAGCCUGCAACUAUGCCCCUCCCCCAUCUUCUUGGCAUCAACAGGCACACAGUGCAACCCUGCUUUCACUCAAGUUCCUUGGAGAAGGGGCCAAACUCCUAGGCCAGGGUGGCUCAGCUACUAGUCUAGGAUGAUGGUGCCCUGUGAUGCCCCCCCCCCAUUUGAACAGCAAUGCCUGAGCCUAUGACUUCCUGAGUCUUCUAGUCUAGCCUAGUCCAUUCUGGCUGUCUACUUCCCAAGCUUUCCAAAUGGUUGGUUUUGGUGAAGCUCUCCUCAUACCUGCCACAUAUGUCCCUUAAUCUACUGAGCUUCAGAUCAUUUGAUGAUGACAUGCUACACUUUUCUUCCUCAAUAAACUGCACCAUGCUUCAGAAA